AUGGGACUCCUCGCAGAGAACAAGAUCCGAUCAAAGAUCAACAAGGACCCCAACAAUACGAAAUGGACUAAAGAUACGAAUACCUUCGGACAGAAGAUCCUUCGCGCACAGGGUUGGCAACCGGGCCAGUUCCUCGGAGCUCAAGAUGCGCCUCACUCCGAACUACACACGGCCGCCAACGCUUCCUACAUUCGCGUGGUGCUCAAAGAUGACAUGAAGGGAUUGGGUUUCAAGAAGAACAAGGAGGACGAAAUUACUGGUCUCGAUGUUUUCCAAGAUCUGCUUAGUCGACUCAACGGAAAGACGGAAGAUGCUAUCGAAGAGGAUCAACAGGUGCGACUCGCCGUCAAGGCGCACCACUUUGUCGAGAACCGAUAUGGAGCCAUGAAUUUCGUAUACGGUGGUCUACUCGUGGGCGAUGAGAUGAAGGGGGUGGAAGAGAAGAAGGAUGAGGAGCAAAAAGAGACAACCUCCGACGAGGACGUGGCUAUGGAAAACGCCCCGACACCAAAGGAAUCCAAGAAGGAGAAGAAGUCCAAGAAGAGAAAAGCAAACGACGACGACGAGGAAGAGUCUUCCAGCCGAGAAACCGAUUCGAAGAGCAAGAAGAGACGCAAGGAGGAGCGUAAGCUAAAGGAGAGCGACUCCGACGACGCUAAGGCCAAGAGAAAGAAGGAAAAGAAGGAGAAAAAGGAGAAGUCCCGCAGCAAGAAGCCCACAGACGAGGGUUCAGACAACGAAGAUGGCACGUCCGAAGAGCGCUCCAAGAAGCGAAAGUCCAAAUCCAAGUCCAAGAGCAGGUCUUCUGAUGACUCGGAUGAGGACAAGGUGAAGGACAAGAAGUCCAAAAAGGAGAAGAAGGACAAGAAGAAGCGUAAGAAGGAGGAGGCCGCCUCGGGAUCUACCAGCACCCAAAUCUCGACGCCCGCGGCAUCGGCACCAGGAACAGGGGUCACAACGCCAUCUGGCACCUCAACACCCCGAGGUAGCAGAAACUUUGUGCGGUCACGAUUCAUUGCGCAGAAGAGACAAGCUGUGAUGGAUGUUAAGGCACUGAACCAGAUUUUCAUGGUCAAGGCUUAG